AUGGGCUCGGACUUCCCGAGCGGCGCAGUGUGCUUCGCCGUGGACGGGCGCAAGCUACAGGCGGACCGGUUCCUCCUCGCGGCGCGGUCCGAGUACUUCGAGCGGAUGCUGCGCACUGGCAUGGCGGAGGGAGCUGCCACGGAGGUUGCCAUCCCCAGGGCUUCAGCCCCCGCCUUUGAAGCGGUGCUGCGGUUCAUCUACUCGGCGGGUCAAGCUGGCCAGACUCUUUUCGAACAAGCCGAUCCUCUUGAAGUGCUGCACCUCUCUGUGGAGUUUUUACUGGAGGAUCUCACCCGCUUGUGCGAGUGGAAGCUCAUGCAGGGGCUGACGCUGGACAAUGUGCUGGUCACCUUUGGCUCUGUGGUUUCAGUGAGAAGUCAGGUGCCGGCGCUGGUCAAGGCCUGUGUGGAAAGGAUGCAAGGGCAGAUGAGGGAUGUGGUUGGAAGCGAGUCCUUUACGGAGCUCUGUCGCAGUCAGACCGCGGUGCGGGAGCUGCUGCUCUCCUUCGAUGAGUCACUCGCAUGGGCAGACAGGUUCGGACACGCCUUCUAA